AUGUGCGGAAUAGGAUUGACGAUCAGAACGAUCCCCAAAGGAUCCCCUGGACCUCUCGAUCACCAGCCCAGUACCACUCAACAAGCGUCCGUGAUUGAUAAUUCGAUUGGGAAUGCAAUUUCUCCCAGGGGACCUGAUUUUCAAACCCAGACAUCCCGAGUCGUCAGUAGCGCCUCAGCCCAUCUAGACAUCGAGAUAAAAUUCUUCGCAUCUGUCCUUCAUCUCCGUGGACUCAGCCUCACCCAGCAGCCAAUCAGAGCACCAGAGACUGAGAAUCUUCUCUUGUGGAAUGGCGAAGUUUUUGAUGGAAUUUCACUUUCCGAUGUCGAGAAUGAUGGGCAAGCCGUUUUGAACAAACUUGAGGGUCGAGGCAAGAAAACAAUUCCAGAAGUUUUUCUUGGUAUAGAAGGACCUUAUGCUUUCGUUUACUACGAUACAUCAUUGAAACAAAUUUGGUUUGGACGUGAUCCACUGGGUCGACGAUCACUGAUGAAGCUCGAAACAAUCCCUUCUCAGCAAGACGGCUCACAUCGCCUCUUGAUGAGUGUAGCUUCGCACUACGAGGGUAAAACAGCCUUCCUCUCGUCAGAGUUGGCUACUCAUAGUUUAUUCUACGUCGACCUGAAAGAUGCCGAAGAGCUGCGCACCCUCCAAGUGUCUCGGGGGUCACCUGCGAUCCUGCUCAACCAACAAAUUCCACUUGAAUCAGAUCGGGUGCCCUCGUGCGGGCCAUGGCCACCGGCCUUAAUCACAGCCACCACUCGCUUACGCGACAGUUUGAACAAAGCACUACGCAGGCGGCUGCUCAACAUUUCCACUCUUUACCGGACCGGUGAACAUGAUUCCAAGGUUGCAAUUUUGUUUUCGGGCGGACUUGAUUGUACAACCUUAGCUUUCCUAGCCCACUUUCACGUUCCCCUGGGUGAAUCCAUAGACCUGGUCAAUGUCGCAUUCGAGAAUCCGCGUGCAGCGUCUAAUGCAAGACGUAAUAAUAAAGUCAUUAACCCAGACGUAUUCUCAGUUCCAGACCGCCAUACCGGAGAAGAAUCGUGGAAAGAGCUUUGCCAACUCACGCCGGGCCGAACUUGGAGAUUUGUAAAAGUGGAUGUAAUGAUGUCGGAUUAUCUUAAAUACAAAGAUCAGAUAAUCGAGCUCAUGUGGCCCAACGACACCGUUAUGGAUCUUAGUAUCGCUGCAGCACUUUUCUUUGCUGCUUGGGGCGUAGGAAGCUGUCGGCUUGAUCCAACCUCCAAUCAAGUUACCCACUCUUAUCGCUCUCCAGCUCGCGUGUUUUUAUCCGGCUUGGGUGCUGAUGAAUUAUUAGGAGGAUAUUCGCGUCAUCGAUCGGCCUUUUCCAGUCCAUCGCCGUGGAUCAAUUUGAUCCAAGAAUUACAACUAGACAUCGAUCGUAUUCCUACUCGAAACCUUGGACGCGAUGACCGGAUUAUUGCCCAUCAUGGCCGUGAAGUUCGAUACCCGUUUUUGGAUCGCGACGUGAUUGACACCCUCGCAGGUCUACCGGUACAUCUCAAAUGUGAUUUGUCGCUCGAAAAGGGAACGGGUGACAAGUUGUUGCUCAGGGUCUUGGCUCAAGAACUCGGUCUGAGCCAGGCAAGCAAGUUGGUAAAGAGGGCGAUCCAAUUUGGGGCUCGGUCAGCCAAGUUGGAGGGACUUGAAAAGGGGACAGCUGGAUUAAGACCCCCUGGUGAACAUCCCACUGAAGUAGCAAGUGUAUGA